AUGGCGGCCGGCACCGGCCCGGAUCGGCCCCGAUCCCGAUCCCGGUGUCGCUCGGCCCGGCCCCGCUCGGUUCGGUCCCGUCCGACCCCCUGGUUCCGCCCGGACCCUGCAGGAACCACGUGGGCGCCGCGCUUCCGCCCACCCGCGCGGUGGCCCCGCCCCGCCGCCGGCACCGGCCAAUCGAGAGCAGAGGAAAGCGGGACCGGCCGUCUCCCUGUCCCUGCCCGAGGUGUCCCCUGUGUCCCCCCGGGCCCCCACGGCGCGGGCCCCACGUGUCACCCCUUGGGCUCCUUUGGGGUCGUCGCCGCUGUCCGGGUGGGCGUGUCGGCGCGUCCCCCCCUCCCCAGCCGCGCCCCUGUGUCCGGCCUGACCCCACGCGUGCCCCGCGGGUGGGCGACCGGGGAUGGCGAGGGCGAUGCCGGGGCAGGGACAGCCGGGGACACCGGGGUGGGCACCGAAGGGGGUGCCGGGGGCGAACCGGCAGCAGCGGGCAGCACCCGGGGCCGGCAGGAGCCCACUUGGCAUCAGGACGAGGACGAGGAGCUGUGGCCUGAGUUUCCCCCGUGCUCGUCCCCAGAGGGGGCCACCAGCCCCACAUCCCCCACGUCCCCUGUGUCCCCCACCUCCCCUGUGUCCCCCACCUCCCCUGUGUCCCCCACCUCCCCCACGUCCCCAGCAUCCCCCACGUCCCCCACAGCUGACACCACCGAUGGCACAGAGGGCGGCAAGAGGGGUGCUCCAGCGGGGGGGCCGCGGGGCCGGGCACCCCCUGGUUCAGCGGGGCAGAGACCGAGGCUGGAAGGGGCCGGGGGGAGGCCACGUGUGGGGUCCCGGGCAUAUGGACGCAGUGCCAUCCUGGAAAAGUUUGGAGGGGCCGCCACGGUCAAGACGAUGCUGCUGGAGUGGUGCCGCGCCCGCACCCGCGGGUACCCGAACGUGGACGUGCAGAACUUCUCCGGAAGCUGGGGCAGCGGCCUGGCCUUCUGCGCGCUCCUGCACAGCUUCUUCCCCGACGCCUUCGACUUCGGUGCCCUCGAGCCCGACGCCCGCCGGCACAACUUCGCCCUGGCCUUCGCCACCGCCGAGGAGCGGGCGGGCUGUGCCCCGCUGCUGGAGGUGGAGGACAUGGUGCGGCUGCCGGUGCCCGACGCCAAGUGUGUGUACACGUACGUGCAGGAGCUGUACCGCUGCCUGGUGGCCAAGGGGCUCGUGAAGACCAAGAAGCGCUGAGGGGAUCCCCCCACCCGUGCCACCCUCAACCUUGUCCCUCUGCCUUGUCCCCCAGCACUAAAGGCCAUGGUGCCAGGCA